AUGGCGAUAAGAACAGUGGAUUUUCGAUCAGACACAGUCACGAAACCAACUGAAUCCAUGAGAAAAGCAAUGGCCAAUGCAGAAGUGGACGAUGAUAUCUUAGGUUACGAUCCAACAGCACGAUGCCUCGAAGUAGAGAUGGCAAGAAUGAUGGGCAAAGAAGCAGGACUAUUUGUUCCUUCAGGCACAAUGGGCAAUCUUAUUAGUUUGCUCACUCAUUGCCAAAUUAGAGGCAGUGAAGUGAUUCUCGGUGAUAAUUCACAUAUUCAUGUGUAUGAAAAUGGAGGCAUUUCUACCAUUGGUGGCGUUCAUCCGAGGAAAGUGAAGAACAAUGAAGAUGGUACAAUGGAUAUUGAUCUGAUUGAAGCUGCGAUUCGUGAUUCUAGCCUUGAAAUACUUUAUCCGACCACUACGCUCAUCUGUUUGGAGAAUUCACAUGCCCGGUAA